AAAAAGCCAAAUGACAAGUGGAGGAUGUGUAUUGAUUUCACCAACCUCAAUGGUGCGUGUCCAAAAGACCCUCAUCCCUUGCCAAAUGUCGAGAAGUUAGUAGAACGGGCAGCAGGACAUGAACGGAUGAGUUUUCUUGACGCCAGCUCGGGUUACCACCAGGUCCAGCUGUUGCUAGAUGACCAGGAAAAAACAGCUUUUUACGCUGGUGACGCAAUCUACUGCUAUGUCAUGAUGCCGUUCGGCCUCAAAAAUGCUGGAGCAACAUACCAGAAGCUGGUGCAAAUCAUCUUUAAGCUCCAGAUUGGCAAAAACAUAGAAGUGUAUGUAGAUGACAUGAUAGUCACCAGCGUGCGAGCUGAGGAUCACAUUGACGACCUGGAUGAAACUUUUCAAAACUUGCGUCAAGCCCAAAUGAAGCUGAAUCCCUUGAAAUGCACGUUUGCUGUGGAAUCAGGGAAAUUCCUAGGGUACGUGGUAUCCAAGAAAGGAAUCGAAGUAAAUCCAGAGAAGCCAGAUCGGCAGAAAGGUGCCUUCCGUUCUUCAAAGCUCUGCGGGAGCCCAAAAACUUUCAGUGGACUAAUGAGUGUCAACAGGCAAGCAGUGAGUUCAGUGCUACUGAGGGAAGAGAAUAAGAAUCAGAAGCCUAUCUGCUACGUGAGCAAGGUGUUACAAGGUGCCGAGCAGAACUACCCGCUAGUAGAAAAGGCUGCUUUUGCUUUGAAGCCAGAACUCUCUGGUCGGCUCAUCGGAUGGAGUGUUGAGCUGAGUGAGUAUGACCUCAAAUUUCAGCCGUGCACGACUAUAAAGGGCCAAGCUGUGGCAGACUUCUUGGUUGAAUGUGCCCCGACGGCUAUGAAAGAAAAGGCACCUGAACACCCGUUCUGGGUUUUGUAUGUAGAUGGAGCUGCUAAUAUCGAAGGAUCGGGUGCUAGAGCUGUGUUACUGGGCCCUAAUGGCUUUAAAUCCGAGCAUGCGCUGAGCUACUCUCAGCUCGUGGUAGGCCAGGUAAAGGGCAGCUGUGAAAUUAGGGAUCCUCAGCUUGGUCGUUAUACUUCUGUGGUCAACAAAUUGAAGUCAGGAUUUGCCUCCUUCCAGAUCGACAAAAUACCAAGAGCAGACAACCACCGAGCUGACGAGCUGUCAAAGUUGGCCUCCUCGCGAGACUUUAACCCUCAGAGGUCAACCAUCGUUGAAGUGCUGGACGCCCUGAGCUACACUGAUCUCACGGUCGAGUGUCAACUGCUAAGCACAGAUCCCUCUACAUCGAGCUGGACUACCCCACUUAUAAAUUAUCUACAAAGUGGCGAGCUGUCUGAAGAUCUAUCCGCCGCGAAAUUGAUUAAACGAAGGGCAGCACAUUUCACCUUGUUAGAUAACCAGAUCUACAAGCGAGCAGCCUCAAUGCCCCUAUUACGCUGCCUUACUCCUUACGAAACUGAAUAUGUGGUGAGAAAAGUUCACGAAGGAGUAUGUGGCACGCACAUCGGUGGCAAAACUUUAGCUCAGAAACUCCUGAGGCAUGGGUAUUACUGGCCCACUAUGGUCGAGGACGCACAGAGUUAUGUCAGAAAAUGUCUGACCUGCCAGUUCAAUGCUGAUGAUAUACACAUGCCAGGGGAAAUGCUAUCAUCUCUCACGUCUCCCUGGCCCUUUGCUCAAUGGGGUGUCGACCUGCUCGGCCCUUUUAUCAAAGGCAAAGGAGGCUGCACUUUCCUGGUCGUUGCAGUGGAUUACUUCACUAAGUGGAUAGAAGCUAAAUCGCUGUCCACGACAACAGAAAGGAAAAUAGAAGAAUUCUUGUUCAAUUCAAUAUUGUGCAGGUUCGGCAUCCCUAAGCAGAUUAUCGCCGACAAUGGGCCACAGUUUCGAGCAGCGGUGUUGAGAUCGUUUUGUAACGAUUAUGGCAUUGAGCUCGCCUUGACAUCCGUGUAUACUCCACAGUCUAACGGGCAAGCCGAGUCCGCCAAUAAAAUCGUCUUGCGAGGCCUCAAGACACGUGUUUUGGUUGCACAUUCCAAUUGGGUUGACGAGCACAAUAAAGUGCUCUGGUCUUGUCGUACUACACCCAGCUCGGCCACGGGCGAAACCCCUUUCAGCUUGGCCUAUGGAGCUGAGGCCGUCAUCCCAGUAGAGGUGGGACUGCCAUCUGAUUGAGCAGGCUGGCAUGACGAUCUCAACAAUAAGCAACUGUUGAGAGAAAACCUAGACUUCAUGGAAGAGGUCAGGGAGAUGUCUAGAAUAAGAAACAUGGCGCACCAAACUCGUGUUGCAAAAUUUUACAAUAAAAGAGUUCGAGCUCG